GAGGAACUAAGACUGUUUUAUGUGAUUUACGUCAUUAUUGUUUCCCCUGUCUGAGUUGAGAAAGACAGCAGACAACUGCGGGUGUGUGUGGUUACGAGCUGAGCACAAUGAUUGUUGGAACAGACACGUCACGUAACUCGGCAAAGACAAGCUCAGUGGAGCUGGAUGCAGAGCACGCACAGAGGGUCCCUGGUGCAGAACAGGGAGGAGUCCCACCGCCCCAGGUCAAGCUGAAAGAAAGGCAGAAGUUCUUUGAGGAGGCCUUUCAGCAAGACAUGGAGCAGUACCUGUCUACCGGCUACCUGCAGAUCGCUGAGAGGAGAGAGCCAAUAGGUAGCAUGUCGUCCAUGGAGGUGAACGUGGACAUGCUGGAGCAGAUGGAUCUGAUGGACAUGUCCGACCACGAGGCUCUGGAUGUGUUUCUGCACUCUGGGGGAGAGGACAACAGCGCUGCUUCACCUGUCGCAGGCCCAGACGUCGAGUCCUUCACCACAGAGAUCAGCCUCCAGGUUCCCACCCAGGCCGAGCUGCGGCACAAGCUUUCUUCCCUGUCGUCCACCUGCACCGACUCAGCCAGCCAGGACACAGAGGCCGGGGAGGAGGAUGAAGACGAGGAGGAGGAGGAGACUGAGCAAGGAGGAGGUGGUGCUGGAGGAACGGUGGGAGGAGGAGGAGGAGGAGGAGGAGGAGGAAGGAGGAGAAGAGCCCCGGUGGUAGUGACCCUGGACGAAGAAGAGGUGCACCCCGACACAGCGUUGGUGGACAGGGCGGAUCAAGAGGAGCAGACCAGCAAAGACUGUGAGGAGAGCAGGCCGAAGGUUUGAGGAGAGUAGGACUGGAAUCAAACACCCACAGCUGCCAAAUCAAACUCAGAUAUAUAACAAUAUUGGCUUUGUUCUUAUAGUCCUUUCAUACAUAUGAUAGAAGAUACACUGAGGUUGCACUAACUGCCAUAUGACCUUGCCUUAAAAGACCACUGACGUUUUCAAUUCGAAUUGAAUCUUGUAAACAGGUUUGAGUUCCCUUUAGCAUAAUGGCACUGAAUGGCUUAACAUGCACAUGGAUAGUUUGACUAUUUUCAGAAAAUGCUCUAAUAUUCUGUUUCUGUUUUCGUGCAUGUUGAGACCGGGAGAGACCCGAGACAGGAAGUGACGAUAAAGAUACACUAAAAUCUUCCAUGUGACUCCUUGAGGUUGUUUCCUUUCAGGUCCCAUGCUAAUGCUUUAGCAUUUGCAGCGCUCAUAGACCGCAACUGUUCUACGUGUUCCAUCUGCUUGUGUUGGGGGUUGCUGGAACUGCUUGCCACCAGCUCUAUCAGCAUUAAAAAAAAAAAAAAAAAACAUCUUACUGCAGGUCACAUAAGUGAUGUAAGUUGUUAAUCAUUAAAAGCAAGUCUUGUUGGACUUUGUGUUGUCACCCAAAAAGUAGGUUUUCUAGCUUAGCUGCACUAGUAUCUUCUGGUUUUCACAUAUAUGUACUUAGAGAUUUCAACUGCAAUCCCCACGAGAGAUCUUUUAGCGCUUACAGCUUUGAAACAUGACAUUAAAUCUUUGUAACUUGUCUUCCCAAGAAAAAAAAGCCCUGAUGGUGUUAAAUAAUUCACAAGCCUCUCUGUCAACAGCUGCCACCAAAACUAUUUCUUUGAUAUCUCAAAACACGAGCGACUAAAAUGUAUUUUCAUAUUAUGGGCAAAUUGGCGAUUUAGCAAAUGCUAAAUAAUUAGCAGAGGGGGCCUGACAGAUAAUCUGCAGAGGUCGCAAUGAUAAAACUUUCAUAAUUGUGUGUAUAUCACGAACCUCGGAGAGCGUUGUUUUUACUGGUUGAUGAGCUUGAUUCUAUAAUAUUUAAAUAACAAACUACCGAUUUCAUACUUUUGUGCCAUUGGCAGCGAUACACAGGGUGUAACAGCCGGCAGCCACCUGGCAGUGGGGUGAAUAACACAGUACUGUAUAGCUAGACACACUGAUGAAGUUCAGGUAUCAAGAUUUCAAUGAUUUAACACACACACACACACACACACACACACAGAGGCAGGAGAGUGACCCUUUGCCAUUCCUUUGAUCAGUAAUAUUUGGGUGAACUCCUCCGUUUGAACAAGGACCAAAUCCCUGUUGUGGACUGUGUGCUAUGCACUGGACAACGCCCAGAAGGUUUAACUGUAUCCAGACCUUUUCUGUCAGGAAUUGUUGACAUUUGUGCGAUGUGACAGCAUUAUUUCUUUAUCCUCUGCCUACAAUUUCUGACUCGUUGGUAAUAAAUGUUUCUCCCCCA